AUGACGCGACUAGACCAGCUCAUGACGCGAAUGGACCAGCGUUUCGAGCAGAUGAACCAGCGUUUCGAGCAGGUGGACCAGCGUUUCGAGCAGGUCAACCAGCAUCUCACAGCCAUGAAUGCUGGCAUGCAAACCCUUACGGCGCGUCUUAAUGCCACACAGCACAACACCAAUGCCCAGUUCGCAAAUUACACAGCCCACAGUGACACCUCCCCGCUGGUUCCACUCCAGCACUACAUUACUGGCGAAGAUAUCCCCGGUUUCCCUGCUACGACUGGAGACAUUGGUCUUCUAAAUUGCCAAAUGGUCGACACCCUCAUUGAAGCCCUAGGCGGAUCCACUGAAGACACGCUCGAGAAGAAGAAAUUGAGACUUCGUCGUUUGGUUGGGGUGGUUUCUGUCCCAUUUGCUUAA